UUGCAACAAUAGAAGUGGGAAAAAAAGAAGGUUGUAGAACAUUCAAAAAUAACUAACUACAAAAUAAGUACAUAAAUAUUUAUUGCUUAGCUAAACAAUUGAUCUAUCAUGAUUAAUGAUUGGCAUGUGUACGGGAAAAGACCAAAAAAAGCUUCUUCGUUCGAAAUAAUACGUUGAACAGAUACAAAUCAUGGAAAGAGGCUAAGUUCAAGGUGUAUUUUGUGCCGCCAGGCGGAUUUAAGUGAAAUCGGCAAUAAUGUUCACGAAGCAUAUUGCGCUGUUUCGAGGACGGCGUGUGAUGAACAGAAAGUGGAAGGGGUGGGCAUAAGAGAUGCAGUAGUACAACAGGUUUUUUGUCUACUUACAUCUGAUAUUUCUUGGCAGCUGUCCCGAAAAUUUUUCUUAUUUAAAUUCGCAACCAAAUAACUGAUUUGUGACAAAGUAAAAGACAACGAGUCCAGGUUCAUAGUUCCAUGAAUACGACCUCGAAAGCUUCAAACGUGUUUGAAGCUUUCUUCGGUAUCCACGAAUUGCCUCCCCAGAGUCUCUCCUCGUUAAAAGCAUGAAAACUACAUUGGCACAGUCCUACGACCAACAUCGGGAUUAAUAUUUUGGAAUACAAUUUCAAACCAACGUCAUGGCGAGCACAACAAGAUAAUACUGAAAACGUAACACCACUCCAAGAUCACACCAUACAAUCAGUCACACUCUACUAGUCUCUUUUCCAUCUACUUCGAUAGACCUCUACUUCUACAAGACAGCCGGUUGAGUGUUUCCAGAGUCGCCACUAGAGUGCGUUAAACAUUUGUACUAAAAUUUAUCUCUGAAAUUUUCGUAUUUCAUAUUAUUAAUCGUAUCGCAAUUGGUAUAUAUCUUUUUGUAUAUUUAGUCUCGAAUAAUAAGUUAAUUCAAUAUUGAUCAUAUUAGAAACCAUAUAUAAUUAAGAGUACAAUUAAAUUUUCUUGGAUUUUGAUUAAUUAAUUCUACAGUCAGGUUGACAAAUCUUAGCAUUACUGCUAUCGGAGUCACAAGAAGUAAAAAAAAUUACUAGGAUAUAUUGCAAAAUAAUCGUAAAAGUUAGUUAUUAUUUUAAUCAUAUUUUAUAACUGUUGUGAAACGAUUACACAAGAAAAAAAAUUGAUUUAGGAAAUACUUAAUAAAUACCCAUGCAAUGCAUAAUGUAAACUACUAUAUAGUCUUUUUUACUUUUUCUUCUUGAAUUUCUUUGAAUUUUUAUUUAUGGAAGAUAUCACUUUUUGCAUGAAAUAGUAAAAUUAAAAAUGAUAUACUUAUAAGAUUGUAAUGUGAUUCAUUUGUUCCCUAUAAUAGGAAUUUUUAAAUGGUACUUUUUUUUAACGUGUUUUUUUCUGGUAAAUAAUAACGUUAACGUUAGUACAACGGAUCUCAGAACGUCUUCGGAUAAAUAUUUUACAUUUAUAAACUUUUAUUUUUAAUUAAUACUUCGAAAUGGCAUCAUCUACGUUAAAAGAAGAAACAUCUGAAAGAAGGAAAGUGAAGAAAAAAUUGAGCAAGGCACAAAUGCAGUUAUUGAUAACUAAGAAAAAACAAUGUGACGCUAAAGCCCUUACAAUUGUCGAACAACUCUUAGAACCUAAUAUUGAUGUCCAAUGGCUUUUAUAUAAUUUGAGAUAUAUUAACAAAUGUCAUAUGGAAGAUGUAAUUGAAGAAAGAGCUGUAAUCAAGUUGUGUGGCUAUGUAUUAUGUUCAAAUGCACUAACAAUGGUUAUUAAUCAACAAUACCAUAUAUCUACAAGACGGAACAAAGUUUAUGAUAUAACCCGACGUAAAAAUUUCUGUAGUUCACAAUGUUAUGGUGCAUGUAAUUAUCUUUUGGAACAAAUCUUAACGAGUCCUCUUUGGUUAAGAGACAAAGAAGAAAUACCAGAUUUUAAAGUUUUACCAGCAAAAGAUGUAUUACAGAGAAGUACACCUGGAGAUGAAAUUUGUGUAAUGGAUACAACCGCAAUAUUAAAUCCAAAUAAUACAUCUAAAGAUGAAAUUCAUGUGACAAAUACAAUCACAGAAUUAAAUUCUAAUAAUGAAGACCGUCCUGCAGAUUCCAAUAAAGAAUUAAAAAAUUCAGAACAUAUUGAAAUAAGAAAAAUUCAGAGUAAAUGUUCCAUAAUUAACACAGAUAAUCAGUAUAAUAUAAUGGACAAUAAUGACCUAAAUAGUAAACCUAGAGAAAUAACUAAUAGCAAAACUUUGGAUUCCAUUAAAGAUAAAUUUUUAAUACCUUCGGUUAAAACCGUUGACCAAUUUAAAGAUAAAUCAAUUAAUAUAAAACAUACGUUCACUGAUGUUAAAGAAUGCGACAAUGUUUCAAAGGAAAGUGACAACAUUACAAAACAGAAAUCUGUUUUACAAAAUGCAGUUGCACUAGAUAAUAUUAAAAUUCAAGAUGAGCAAAGACUGCAUAAGGAAAUUAUUUUCUCAAGUGAGGAUAAAGAUCAAAACGAAAAGAAUGAAGAACAAAAUAAACUGUUCAAAACAUUAGAAAUAGUAUGUAAUAGUACAGCUGUUACUAAAGAAAAUACAGUCAUUAACGAUAAAAAUAAUGUAGAAAAAGUUGAAAAAACUAAAUCUAAGACACAUAAACAAAAAGAUCAUAUUAAAGAGAAACAAUCAACUAAAUUUCAUAAUUUAACAAUGCACAUUGAAAAUAACAUAAAAGAAUGGAUCAAUGAAGAUACUAUUUCUUUGUUAUCAGGGGAAGAAGAAAUUAGAAAUAAGUUAUUAGAUAAUAUAACUCAACAUGACAGAUAUUUACAUUUGUGUAAAAAAUUAAAUAAAUUGCAAUUGGAAGAUGAGAAAGAUGAUACAGAUUUAACAAAAAGUUCUUUGAAACCUAUGCCACAUUUAUCUGUCCUACGCGAAGAAGGAAAGAAAAUAGAAUUAAAAGUGAAGGCGUUUUUUAAAGGAGAUAUGGUUGUAGAAACACUUGAACAAACUGCAGAAACUAUGGAACAGAAUGAUGAUUUUACUGCAGUAUUACCUUUAACAGAUGUACAUGCCCCUAAAGCACUUCGACGACGAAUUUUUAUGGAUAAACUUAAUAGGAUACUACCAGACUUACUAAGAGCAUUAGCAGGUAGUGGAUUAUCACAAUAUACUUACAGUAAUGAAAGGGCUGUCUUAAUUAAAGUAUUAGUUAAUACUUUUUCGUUGUCAGCUAAAAAUAUUAUUUUCAAAACUGCUGAAUGGACUCUUGUGGGUUUGAUCAUCAUUAAAAUGUUGAGCAUGAUUGAUCCACAAUUAAAAAACUUACUGUUAACUAGACAAGCGACAAUGUACAUUUCAAUGAUAUUAAUGUCAUAUAAAUUGGAUUCAAAUUAUUUAGAUAGAUUAGUAAUGGAACUAAUUAAUGAUGCAAAGAUAGCCUGUGCAAGCAAUAUUAAAACCUAUUAAUGUAUUUUAAAUUAUUUACAUUAUUUUGAUCUUAAUACAUGUUUAUACUAGGGGUUUUCAUUACUUUGUAAAUUACAAUGAUAUUACUCUGUAAACAUUACAUAUGGUUGUCUUCAUAUGUAGUAGAAGGAAAAUAAAAAUAGAAAAUACGUAUCUUCACAUUAUCUUUUACACUCGUAUGAAAAUAUAAAAUUUGUAUUACUUUUUAAAUUUAUAAUUGAAUUAUGAUAAAACAUGUACAAAAUGAAAAUUGUAAGUGCUUAUAAAUCAGAUUACUAGGUCAUGUUUGUCAAUAUUUUAUGCAUUAAAUCUAUAAUUUUGCGGUUCUUAGAGUGGAGAUGGUGUGGGAACACCAGUAAGAGGGGAAGGUGGGCAAUCGAGACCUAAUGUGUCUAUUUGUGCGGUUGUUGCAAGUUGAUCUUCUACAGAGCGGCUUCCAAUUUUUUCCCGUAAAGCUUCAUAUAGAUUAUGUACAGCUUCGUUAUGCUUAAAGAAUUAAAAUGAUGAAUGAAACAGAAGCAUAUUAUACAGUAUUCAUAUUUAUCUUUAUUCAAAAAAUAUAUGGUUGGUAUUUACCUGGCUGGUUGGUUGAAGUGCUUUCAUUAAUGUAUGCAACCGAGUUGGUGGUAGUUUUGGAUGGAUGUACCAAAGCAGUUUUAAUAAAUGACGUGUAACAUUAUCUCUGCUAAGGCCUGCCAGGAAAAAUUCAUCGAAUAUAACUGUGCAGAAUGAUUCGUUUGAAAAUUCAUCAGCCAUGUUUAAUAUUAACAAUGACACCUAUAAUAAACAGAAUCAAUCAAAUAAAAAAUAAAAUCAUAUAUUUUUUGUCAUCUUACAUAAUAUAAUUGUAAUAAACUAAAUACAUUUAUGAAUAUAAAUAUCGUUGUUUUACCAAUGUAUGUAAGAAUGGAUCUUCAAAUGCACGUUGUGCUUGACAA